UACUUGUUUGCACCCUUUUUCCCGUUUUUAGCAUUAUUGAGAGAUCUUCGCGAUCAAUGGACAGUACAACGCCAACAGAAUCAUGGGUUUUCCUCUGUCGCAUGCGAUAUGACUAUUGAACAAACCUUAAAUAGAGAUUCAAAAACAAAAGGAGGUAAGAAUAAAUUCAUUUACAGUUCGCCAGUGGUAACUGUACCCACUCUUAAGAGUACAUAUUCUUAAUAUUUCAGGAAUGGUUGGAAUAACGUUAAACAGGGGUGCUAUGCAACGAUGGAUUAUUGCUCAAUCUGAUAGGUCUGCUAUCACAGGAGAGUGUAUGAAAAUGGCCGGCACUGAUCCAACUAAAAGGUAUAUAAUGCAAAAUAACUUUUACUAUUAACAAGUACAUGACUAUUUUUAUUUAAUCACAAAAUUUACAGGCAUACCAAUACCAUAACUUCGUACAAUAAUUGCUUGCUACCUCCGAGCACAUAAGUAACAAUUUCGUUAUUAUUUAAACUUAAAAUUUAUAGAAAAAGAAAGGAAUUAGACAUGCCACAAAGAACUCGCCAUGAGAAAGAUGUAUUGACUAUAGUAAACACGCUUCAGAACAUGGUAAAUCCUUUUGAAACUGAUACUGAAAUAACAGAUAUGAUUCACUUGUCAAGUGGACUAGUAGCUACACCAGAUGUAAAGGCAGACUUACUAAGAACACAACAACGAGGAGAAGAAUGCGUGACUGCUUUUCUAAAAGACAGGUUGCUAGUUUCAGAGCCUGAUAUCUUCUCAACGAUUCCUAAGCUGAAAUUGAAAACCUUUUCGUCAAUGGCUAAGAAAGUUAAAGUUAGUUCGGCAAAAGGUGUGGAAGCCACCAUUAAGAAUAACUGUAACUUGUUCGCUCGAAUGCUCUUGCUGGCGCAAAGUAGAAAUGUGGACAUGAAGGAAUUGCUCACUUAUUCUUUGGGUCCAUUUCCUUUAUCUCUUUCAACCGAGAUGGGCACCUUGCACAAGACCCAGAAAAGCAAACUGAUGACGUCAAUCGAAUCAAGUGUCCAAAAUCACACAGUCGACAAUGUUCCGGAGGGAAACGCAAUCAUUCUUGAUGGAAUGGCACUCAUUCAAGCUACAAAGAAGCUACCUUCAUCGUUUGGAGAAUUUGCAGAGCAAUUGUUUUCAAGGGUGAUAAAGCUGGCAAUUUAUCACAAAUCUUCACGUGUUGAUUUUGUGGUAGACAGAUAUCCUGAUGUGAGCAUUAAAAACCUCGAAAGGAACAUUCGGGCAAGUGGUGGAUUAGCAGUAAUCAAUAUAUAUGGAGCUGACCAGAAACUACCAGCACAAUGGGGCAAGUUUCUUAAGCAUGGUCGAAACAAAGAAGCACUCAUUCGGUUUUUGUUUGAACAGUGGUGUACAUACACAUCGAUGAUGUUUAGUGGUAUUGUGGUCUACGUUUGCCAUGAUGACAAGUGCCAUAGCCUUAAGCCAGGACUUGACAAUGCACCUAAUAUUAUUCGAGAAAUAGCAACAUUAUCUUGCGAUCACGAAGAAGCCGACACUAGAAUGCUACUUCAUGCAAAUCAUGCAUCUCAGUCACAUGGAAGUAUUGUGAUAAAGAGCCCGGAUACGGACGUGUUCAUUAUUAUACUUUAUUUUUGCCAUAUUCUCCAAUGCGAACUAUUUUUUGAGACUGGUGCGAAUGAGAAAACUCGGAUCAUAGACGUCAGAUGUGUUCAACAGCAGAUUGGUGAGAAAGAAGGCAAAGCAUUAAUUGGAUUUCACGCAUAUACUGGUAAGCAAUAACUAGCUACAUUAUAUUAAUAAUUAGGAUGCCGUUUCGUUAAUGAUUUAGCUAAAAGUGAGGUAGUUUGUAAGAACACAACAGCUUGUGCAUCACUGGAUCAAUGACGAAACAGCUCUCGACACAUUUGUGCGUCUUGGUGAGGACUUUGACGUUGAUGAAUCCAUUCAGGAAAACCUUGAGUCACUCACAUGCAUGCUAUAUGGGGCUAAGGAUACCACAUCUGUGAAUAAAGCAAGAUAUGACAUGUUUAGGAUGGGUAAAUUCUCUGAUGCAGCAUUGCCUCCAAAUGAGGAUUGUCUUGUACAACACAUCCAGCGAGCAAAUUACCAGGCCGCAAUAUGGAAAAGAGCAACAACUCCAACAAUUGACGCGCCUUUACCAACUGAUCAUGGAUGGAAGAUUGAUGAAGAAGGAAAUAUUGAUGUGGUGUGGAUGACAAAGAAAUGUGCUCCUGAUGUACUGCUCAAAGAUUGCAACUGCAAAUGUAAAACCGGCUGUUCAACCCUAAGAUGCUCAUGUAAAAAGGCCAACAACCAGUGUAAUGAAAUGUGCCAGUGUGUUGGAUGCACAAAUUGUCCACACGAGUCCAGCGAAAGCGGUAGCCUUGAAGAUGAUUCAGAAGAUGAUCUGGGUAGUGAAUAUGGAGGAAGAAAACUUGUAGUAUUGUAUAGCACAACACCGAUGCAACACAGCUGA